CGCCGUCUCAAUCCGCCUCCGCCUCCCUGCCCUACUUCCGCCCCUGUGGGAAACCCCGGAGCGGAUAUAGUGCCCUCUAUUUCCGGUUUGGCCCCUUUUCGGCCGUCGCUGCCUCCACGCGAACAUGCCUCUGGCAAAAGAUCUCUUGCAUCCCUCCCCUGAGGAGGAGAAGAGGAAGCAUAAGAAAAAACGCUUGGUUCAGAGUCCUAACUCUUACUUCAUGGAUGUGAAAUGUCCAGGUUGCUACAAAAUCACCACUGUGUUCAGUCACGCUCAGACGGUGGUUCUUUGUGUCGGCUGCUCGACUGUCCUGUGCCAGCCCACUGGAGGAAAGGCCAGGUUGACAGAAGGAUGCUCCUUCAGGCGAAAGCAGCAUUAAAUUAAGCAGCUGGGUGUCCCAGAUGGGUGGGGCUAUGCGCACAGUCGCCGGCUCAAGUGCUCGAAGGCUGAAGAGUGCCGAUCAGGGGAUGCGAGCGACACGGGCUGUGACUGGGUGACUCUUGAGCUUCGGCAGCUCACGACGGAACACGAGGAGGAGGAGGAAACGCGCACUGUCCUUGUAGCCUCACCCAUUUGACUCAAUAAAUUUUGGAUAAAAAUA